CUCGGCUCGGUCGCGAGUCACAGGUUCGGCGCUCGCGAGGGCCUGGUGCGCGCAACCUGCACGCGGCCGAAAGUCCUCGGAGGCGCGGCGGGCGGUGCUGAGGCUCGGGCGCUGCAGCUCGGCCACGAGCGCUGCUGCUGCGGGAAUCCCGGCCUGCACCCUCCCCAGCACCCGCCUCCGCUUGUGGCCCCCAGGACCCCGCGUCCCCACAGUCCUCGCCAGCCUCCGUGGAACCCGCAAUGGCCCCGCGCAAGAAUGCCAAGGGCGGCGGCGGCUUUAGCACCGCAAGCAGCAGCGGCAGCAGCAGCGGCGGCAGUGGCGGCUCCAGCAGCAGCGGCGGCACGAGCACGAGCAGCGGCACCGGGAGCUACAGCAGCGGGAGUCGGAGAGAUCCAAAGCAUGGCGGACACAGGAAUGGGAGGAAAGGAGGACUUUCUGGAAGCUCAUUUUUCACAUGGUUUAUGGUCAUCGCAUUGCUUGGCGUCUGGACGUCAGUAGCUGUUGUUUGGUUUGAGCUUGUUGAUUACGAGGAAGUGCUAGGAAAACUAGGUGUCUAUGAUGCCGAUGGAGAUGGAGAUUUUGAUGUGGAUGAUGCCAAAGUUUUGCUAGGAUUUAAAGAAGGAUCUGCUAAAGAAGCCUUUGCUUCGGAGCGGAGAGUCCCUCCCGAGGACGUGGAGCUGCCGGAUGAGCUGGAGGAGCCGGGUCGCCUGCGGGCGGAACCCCAGUAUGUUGAAGAUGAAGUAGAUGAACCAAUUCAAUCUGUUCUUCAUGAAAUGGUACACACAGAGCAUGGAGAAGACCUGCCACCAGGAGAGGCGGGACCAUCAGAAGAACCCCUACCAGACGAUGAUAGUUUCCUGGUAGCCAGUGACCAAGAGGAUCGCUUUGAGACCCCAGAACAUGAAAUGGUUUCUGAAGAAACUGAGUGUAGUUACUGUGUGGAAGAGAAAGAUUCCAGGGAACAAAACGAAGGUCAUGAAGGACAGCACUAUGACCAAGAUGAUGUCAUAUACCAAGACUAUGAUGACCAAGUGUAUGAACAUUCAGAUCAUGAAAGGAUAGGAAUUUCAGGCGUAUUUGUAUUUUCAGAUGAUGUUGUUGAAGACUCCAAUGUGUUUGCAGAAGAUGUUUAUGCUCCACCUGCAGAAGAACAGCAGGAAGUGCCACCAGAAAAAAGCAUAAAAGCAGAUGAUCCACCACAAAAAGAAACAGUUAAGAAAAAGAAGCCUAAACUUUUAAAUAAAUUUGAUAAAACUAUUAAAGCUGAAAUCAACGCUGCAGAAAAACUCCGUAAAAGGGGAAAAAUUGAGGAAGCAAUAAAAGCAUUUGAAGAACUAGUACGCAAAUAUCCUCAGAGUCCACGAGCCAGAUACGGGAAAGCACAGUGUGAAGAUGAUUUGGCUGAGAAAAGGAGGAGCAAUGAGAUACUUCGUGGAGCCAUUGAAACCUAUCAAGAGGUGGCCAACCUGCCCGAGGUCCCCACAGACCUUCUGAAACUGACUUUGAAGCGGCGUUCAGAGAGACAGCAGUUUCUUGGUCACAUGAGAGGUUCCCUGCUCACCCUCCAGAGGUUGGUUCAGCUAUUUCCCAAUGACACUUCUUUGAAGAAUGACCUUGGAGUGGGCUACCUCUUGAUAGGAGACAAUGACAAUGCCAAGAAGGUUUAUGAAGAGGUUCUGACUGUGACACCUAAUGAUGGCUUUGCCAAAGUGCAUUACGGCUUUAUCCUGAAGACGCAGAACAAGAUUGCUGAGAGCAUUCCCUAUUUAAAGGAAGGAAUAGAGUCUGGGGAUCCAGGUACUGAUGAUGGGCGAUUUUAUUUCCACCUGGGGGAUGCCAUGCAGCGGGUUGGGAACAAAGAGGCAUAUAAGUGGUACGAGCUUGGGUACAAGAGAGGACACUUUGCAUCUGUAUGGCAGCGCUCACUCUAUAACGUGAAUGGACUAAAAGCUCAGCCCUGGUGGACCCCAAAAGAAACAGGCUACACAGAGUUAGUAAAGACAUUGGAAAGAAACUGGAAGUUGAUCCGUGAUGAGGGCCUUACAGUGAUGGACAAAGCCCAAGGUCUCUUCCUGCCUGAGGAUGAAAACCUGAGAGAGAAGGGCGACUGGAGCCAGUUCACACUGUGGCAGCAAGGAAGAAAAAAUGAGAAUGCUUGCAAAGGAGCUCCUAAAACCUGCACUUUACUAGAGAAGUUUCCAGAGACCACAGGGUGCAGAAGAGGACAGAUCAAAUAUUCCAUCAUGCAUCCUGGAACUCACGUGUGGCCACACACAGGGCCCACGAACUGCAGACUCCGAAUGCACCUGGGCUUGGUGGUUCCCAAAGAAGGCUGCAAGAUCCGAUGUGCCAAUGAGACCAGGACGUGGGAAGAAGGCAAGGUAUUCAUCUUCGAUGACUCCUUUGAGCACGAGGUGUGGCAGGAUGCCUCGUCUUUCCGGCUGAUUUUCAUCGUGGAUGUGUGGCACCCAGAGCUCACCCCACAUCAGAGACGCAGCCUUCCUGCAAUUUAACAGGAAUUCAUCCAGCUUGGAACUCUACAGAGAAGCUGUCUUCUUUGGCUCUGUCUCUUUGGGUGUGAGGAAUGAAAUUUGAACACUAAGGUUCUUCAUCCCCUGAGAAUUUCUGUGCCUCCUCCUAGGUUUUGAAGUCACAAAAGAGGAUUUGUCUCAUUGUCAUUCAUUUGGGGAACACUCUUCUGUAUCAUCUCCUGACAGCACUGAUCGUAUGCCUGUACUAAGAUGAACACUUGACAGCGUCUGCAUUGCCAGCCAAAGAUAUUUUUCCAUGUAGAAUAACAAGUCGAAAUCUGCAUAUUAUGAGAAUAUGUGUAUAAACUGUGAAUAUAUGGCUUUAGUUCAUAAUUUUUCUAUGCAACUGUAUUUUUCUAGGAUUGCUAAACUGUUUUGUCAUCACACAUCAUUACAUUUUGUUGAUUGCAAUGACAAACCGUGUAAAUACUUUAGCUGCUUCAUGAUAAUGUCUCCUGGUGAACUCCAAUUUCCCUCUUUCAAUUCUUAUAGUAAAAGGCGCUCAUGAAUUAGGCAAUAUUAUUUUCCUAAUACAAAAGAGAACACAUAAUUACAUCAAUGCCCGCGAACUAUCCUGAAUCCCUACCUAUUAUCCGCAUUGAGUCUUGUAAUUUUACCUCAUUGUGUUAAUGGUAGAAAUAUUAUCAAAAUCAUUGUUCUUUCUAAGAGGAAUUUUUGCAUUGGGAUAGAAUAUGAGAUAAUUUUUAAAGAGACAUAAAAAUACUAAAUAGAAG